CACAAACGCGUCACUAGCCUCCCUUUCUAUUACUGAUUACUCAUUCAUACAACAAUUUCAAACUAUUACAACUACUAUAAGUAUCCCGACAUACCGGGAAUACUUCAAAAAAAAAAAAAAAAGAAAAAAGAAAAAAGAAAAAAUCAAGGGCCAAAAAAUUAUACAGAAAGUCGAGAGAGACGCAUUGAUAUAAAUAUGGCUUCAACAUCUGCUGCAUUGGUAAAUGGCCUUGGAUCGGCCUUCCUCUCCGGCGGCAAGAAGACUCAGUCACUGCUCUCAGCCCCUGCUUCCGCCCGGCCCGCGGCCCCCAAGCGGCUCAUUGUAGCGGCUGCCGUCGCCCCCAAGAAGUCUUGGAUUCCGGCCGUCAAGGGCGGCGGCAACUUCAUUGACCCCGAGUGGCUCGAUGGCUCGCUGGCGGGGGACUACGGUUUCGACCCGCUGGGGCUCGGGCGCGACCCGGCGUUCCUCAAGUGGUACCGCGAGGCGGAGCUCAUCCACGGGCGGUGGGCGAUGGCCGCGGUGGUGGGCAUCUUCGUGGGGCAGGCGUGGAGCGGGAUCCCGUGGUUUGAGGCGGGGGCCGCCCCUGGGGCCGUGGCCCCAUUCUCGUUCGGGACGCUGCUUGGGACGCAGCUUCUGCUGAUGGGGUGGGUGGAGAGCAAGCGGUGGGUCGACUUCUUCAACCCGGAGUCGCAGUCGGUGGAGUGGGCCACCCCGUGGUCGAGGACGGCCGACAACUUCGCCAAUGCCACGGGGGAGCAGGGCUACCCGGGAGGCAAGUUCUUCGACCCGCUCGGGUUCGCGGGCACGCUUGAGGGCGGGGUGUACGUGCCCGACGCGGACAAGCUCGACCGGCUCAAGGUGGCCGAGAUCAAGCACGCGCGCCUCGCCAUGCUCGCCAUGCUCAUCUUCUACGUCGAGGCGGGGCAGGGGAAGACGCCCCUCGGCGCACUAGGCUUGUGAUUGAUUCCAAGUUUGUUUAUUUGUUGUGUAAAGGAGAAUCUUGAUUUUAUUGAGCAAUGUAAUUUUGAAUUUUAGCAUACAUUUUUACGUUUGUCUCUCUACAUUUUGCAAAAAUCGAUUAGAGAAUGGUAUCUAUGUCAUAAUGCGGUAAAUUAAUACAUGCAUGUUCUGUUCACCAAUACUAGUUUGAUUAAUCAUCGGUUUUUAUUUAAAUUCUGUCAAUGAAAUAAUAAUAAUAAUAGCAAUGACAAGAAGUGUGAGUUCAACAUCUUCCCUCUUAAUUCGACAACCUACUAACACCACUGCAAAACCCAUGUCAAUAUACAAUGAACACAACACGCAAACCAAAAGCAAAUAAGCAAAAAAAGAUUAUAUAUGAAUGAGUGUUAGAAUAUUUCUUGUUUAUUGUCCCAUAGGAAAGAACAAGAUUAUUAGCAUAGUGGGC